UCAGCCAUUAAUUAGGAAGGUUCCUCAGGGACACAUGGCGUCUUCUAUUAUCUUAUCUUGGGGCAAAAGCCUAUUCAGUCAACGGUGGAAGUCUCUGCUAGGGCAAACUUUUCCUCUUCGCCACGCCACUACAACAGACUAUAAAUCCACAUGAAUGAAAAGCAAACACGGAGAGAGGAAGUGAAGAAAAGAAAAAAGAUGGAGAUCAUUCCGUUGCUUGUCUCCAUGCUCCUGCUCAUGUCAUCAGAGGCCAUCCUGACCCAGGCCCAGGUCCGAUUGACCGGCACGAAUACUGCAUCCGCCACGCAGGGUGGCAUGCGGUUUGACCGCGAGAUCGGCUUACAGUACAGCCUGAAGGUCGUCUCAGAUGCCACUAACUUCAUCUGGCAGACUUUCAGGCAAGGCGCCGCCGACCGGAAGCCGGUGAACUCUGUGGGCCUAUUCAUCGAUGAUAUAGGCGGCGUCGCCUACACAUCUGGCAACCAAAUCCACGUUAGUGCUCCCUACAUCGCCGGUUACAGCGGCGACGUGAGGAGGGAGAUAACAGGGAUCCUGUACCACGAGACAACGCACGUUUGGCAGUGGGACGGCAAGGGGCAGGCACCGGGAUGGGUGAUCGAGGGCGUCGCUGACUACAUCCGGCUGAAGGCGGGGCUUGCGCCGGCUCAUUGUAGGAAGCCCGGCGAGGGGAACAGCUGGACGGAUAGCUAUGACAUUACAGCUCGUUUCUUUGACUACUGCAACGGAUUGAAGGAUGGGUUCGUCGCUGAGCUGAACGGGAAGAUGAAGGACGGCUACAACGAUCAGUUCUUUGCGGACAUCCUGGGAAAGCCUCUGAACCAGCUGUGGAGCGACUACAAAGCUGCGCCCAGGAGUUGAUUUCUUCGGCUUUGCUUGAAUGGACCUGCCCAAGUUGUGUUUAGGCGAGCUACCAGUUUAGUGUCAUCUAUAAUGGAGUUUGUGAUAUGAUGACGUGACUCUGUUGCAACAUCUAUGAGGAACAAAGAGACUUGUAAAAGUAAAAGAAAUAAACCUUUACGAAUGAAUUAUUAUGCUUGGUUAGUACA